AUGCAAGUUGUGGAGUCCCUCUUUCUUCUGCCAUUUUCGAAUCAUUUUAAUCAGAGGUCCACGGGCAGCGAUCUCCUUUCCUUGGUAACCGUAUCCAUACGAUUCGUUACGGACGUCAACUUUGGCAAGGAUCUGCUUUCCACCAGCCAAGUUGACAACUCCCACAGAGAUAUCUCCCUUGUGGUUGUUGACGUGGACUGGCUUCCAAGUUUUGCCCUCCUCGAAAGUGGCCGCUUCUGGGAAUGGAAUCCAUCCGUAUUCGUAUCCAACGACAUGUGGUCCGAGACGAACAAGAAGUUGGAUGGAUCCAACACCCUUGCAGUAUUCAUUGUUGAACCAAGAGAAGUUGGCAGCGACCUGAAAUACACGACCCAUGACAGGUUCUCCCUGCAUGUACCACAAUGCGACAUAUUGAUCUGGGUUGACUCCAGGCAAAGUGUCCAAAGUCUUGUCCAACGCUUGAACCAACUUGCGAGUCGGGAACGGAUCUCCCUCACGGAUAUCGAUCCAUUCGUCGUGCAUGACACGUGGUGGUGGUGGGCCUGGUGGUGGAAUUGGUGGUGGUGGCGGUGGCUUCGGACAGUUGUCACAUUCACAGUGUGGUGGUCCUCCAAUACAGUUACGAGUGAUAAUGUACAUAUCAUUCAAUUGGGGUCCAACUUGUUUGAUAACUUUUCCGUUGAAAGAGAACCAAGCCUCCUCGGUCUUGUUGUCAACAUAUCCGAGAAGAUUUCCUUCCUUUCUCUUCCAGAAGAUUGGGAAAGAGUCUCCACAACGGAAGAGUUGAUGCUUGUCAUCGAUCUUCUCGAUACGGUCCUUGUACUUGAUCCACUCGUACCAGAAUCCUGGAAAUUGGAAACGAUGGUCAGAUAUUUGGAUAAUCCUAUUGAAAAAAUCAACAAGCGGCAUAGUUCUAGCGGUCCGAGUGGCCCUAGAAAUAGCCGAUUCCAAAUAUAG